AAUCCUCUAAACAUAUAACAUCUUUGGUUUCUCUUCACCAACAAAAACCCUAAAAAUGGCCGACUCAUUCGAGCUCAUUGUAACCAGAAAAGAUCCUGUUCUCGUCUCUCCAGCCUCCGAAACUCCAAAAGGCAUCCACUACCUCUCAAAUCUCGACCAAAACAUAGCCAUCAUCGUUAAAACAUUCUACUACUUCAAAUCAAACUCAAGAUCCAACGAGGAAUCCGCUGACGUCAUCAAAAAGUCACUCUCCGCGGUUCUUGUUCACUACUAUCCUGCCGCGGGGAGACUCACGAUCAGUCCCGAAGGGAAGAUCGCCGUGAACUGCACCGGAGAAGGAGUCGUGGUGGUGGAAGCAGAGGCUAAUUGUGGGAUAGAGAAGAUAAAAGACGCUAUAUGGGAGAUUGAUCAACCGGAGACUCUUGAAAAGCUUGUUUACGACGUUCCCGGUGCCCGGAAUAUUCUUGAGAUUCCACCGGUGGUUGUUCAGGUAACAAACUUCAAAUGUGGAGGAUUCGUGUUAGGCCUAGGCAUGAACCACAACAUGUUCGAUGGUAUUGCAGCAAUGGAAUUCCUUAACUCAUGGGCCGAGACUGCUCGUGGCCUUCCACUCUCAGUCCCACCUUUCUUGGACCACACACUUCUCCGACCAAGGACACCACCAAAGAUCGAGUUCCCACACAACGAGUUCGAAGAGCUUGACGACAUCUCCGGCACCGGAAAACUCUACUCGGACGAGAAACUCGUGUACAAAUCUUUUCUGUUUGGACCCGAAAAACUUGAGAAGCUCAAGAUCAUGGCAGAGUCAAAAACCACGACAUUCCAAACCCUGACCGGAUUUCUAUGGAGAGCUCGUUGCCAAGCCUUAGGGCUUAAACCAGACCAACGUAUAAAACUUCUCUUUGCUGCAGAUGGACGGUCAAGAUUCGUUCCGGAACUUCCUAAAGGAUAUUCAGGAAACGGGAUUGUGUUCACUUAUUCGGUUACAACAGCAGGUGAAGUGACUCUAAACCCUCUUUCUCAUACAGUGGGGUUGGUCAAAAGUGCGGUUGAAAUGGUAACCGACGGUUUCAUGAGGUCAGCGAUUGAUUACUUCGAGGUGACUCGUGCUAGGCCGAGUCUAACGGCGACGCUUCUGAUCACAUCGUGGGCAAAACUAUCGUUUCAUACUAAAGAUUUCGGUUGGGGUGAGCCGGUUGUGUCUGGACCGGUCGGUUUACCUGAGAAGGAAGUGAUUCUGUUUCUGCCAUGUGGCAGUGAUACGAAGAGUAUCAAAGUGUUGCUUGGACUUCCUGGUUCGGCGAUGAAGGUGUUCGAAGGGCUUAUGGAUAUUUGAUCAUUAUAGUCUAUGCAUGUGUUUGAAUUAAUUAUGGUUUAAAAAAAAAACAAAUAAUGGAUGAUCGAUUAUAAAAUAUUAUUGCUCGUCGGUGAAGCAAAAUGUAACUAAGACAUGCCAAGUAUCAAGCUUAAUAAAUAAAGAAAGCUAUUGUGUUAC